GCCAUCUCUCCCCUCGAUCGCCCAGCACCCCGCUAUGCAAGUCGCCGGAGCCACGGUCAUCAUCACCGGAGCCGCCUCGGGCUUUGGAAAGGCGCUCGCCCAGCGACUCUUCAAGAAAGGCGCCAACUUGCUCCUGACAGACAUCUCACCGGUGCAGUUCGAGCCCGGAGACAUGAUCUCAGCCGGGAGCAACAGGUUUGUUUCUGUCCGAGCCAACGUAUGCAAUGCCGACGAGAUGCGUCACGCCUUCCAGCGCGCCCUGAGCGAGUUUGGCCGCAUUGAUAUUGUAGUGAACAACGCCGGCAUUGCCGAGACUUUGCCGUUCACCAAGCCCGAUGAAGCAAGCAGAUGGAAGCAAGUCAUUGAUGUCGACUUGUCAGCCGUGGUCCUCGGAACCAAGCUUGCACUCAUGCACCUGCUGGAUCGCCAGCAGCCGGGUAUUAUCAUCAACGUCGCCUCGCUUGCGGGCCUGUAUCCUCAGUUCUUCCAGCCAGUCUACGCCGCCGCCAAGGGAGGUGUCGUUCACUUCACUCGUUCAUUGGCUCCAUAUAACGACGAAGGCAUUCGCGUUGUGGCCCUGUGUCCCUCAUUUUCACCAACACCGCUCCUGAGCCAAGUUGGUCCCGAUGGAAGAGAAAGCCAGCUGAAGCCCGAGGGCCUGGUUCCCAUUGAACUGGUCAUCGAUGCCUUCAUUGUCAUCAUCGAGAACGACAAGGUGAAAGGAGGCUCGUGUGUCCGCGUCACCCCGCAGUUCGGCAUCGAUCUCUACGGCAUCAAAGGCCGAUCCAAGUUGUAACGGCGCUCUGACGUAUAUGGUGCCUGAGUCGCGGUAGACUCCAUCUGAGUCGCGGUAGACUCCAUCGAUGCAAUGAUUUAUUUGCUGUCCAAUCGACUCGCUGACUUUCAAAUAAAGCAAGAACGUUGAUUCCAGAAGACCGCAUUUUGUACCGGACUACGACUGAGCG